CGCUCCGGCUCCCUCACAUCGCUGCUGACUCUCUCGGAGGGAGGACGGACAGACGGAGAAACGCCGCCGACGCUCUUGGAUUUUGAUACCCAAAGGAGGGAGGGAUGCUCCGGUGAUCCCCCAUCUCUCUCUCUCUCUCUCUCUCUCUCUCUUUCUCUCUCUCUCUGCCCCACACCCCCCGCCUCCGCUCCCGGACACCCCCCUCCUCCUCCUCCUCCUCCUCGCCUCCACAUUCGCUCCUCUCCAUCAUUUCAGUUUCGGGACCUUAUCCAGACGCACGGCUGCUCCAGCAUUUUUUUUAUAUAAAUUUCAUCUCAGAACCUGCUGUUUUUUGUAUGUUCCGUUUCUUUCUUUAUUUCGUUUUGCUCCUGCGCUCUGGGUUUUCACCUUUACCCCCCUGAACUUACACUCAGUGGAUGUGUCGGACAUCUGGGGAAAGAAGCAACACCACUUGUAUGUUUUCUUUUUUUUUUUUCUUUGGAGGAAACAUUCCUUGGAGACUGACAGGGAUCUUUCACUUUCAAGGUUGUUCUGUGGAGAGAACGGGUCUCACUCCGCAAAGACUGAUGAGCUAAAGGCUCUUUAAAGGCCAAAGAAGCAGCACAAGGACAGAGGAAGAAGUCGGGAUAAGACCGGCAGUGAGGUUGCUCAUCAGUGCCGAGUAUCUGCAGCAAAAAGCUCCGUCGCAUCAAAUGAACAAGGAGCCUCUUAAUCAACAUUUCGCUCGGAAAACAAAUCAGGAUUUCGCCUCAGUGGGAGAAGAGCUCCACUGAGAGGAGGCAGAAAGUCGGAGAGAUUGAAGCACACAGUCCCUCUAGUUGGCCAAGAUGGCAGCGCUGAUAGCAAAGCGGCAGGGCUUUGCGCUGCUGAGGGCCCUCCUGGUGCUGCUGGGAAUUUCAGCGCUCUGUGGUGUUGCAUUAGGAACCAGGAAAGGCCACGCUUCGCUGGACUACAGAAGCCAGAGACACAGACAUUCAGGUCACUUAUCGCUGCAUAGACACAGACAGAGGACAGGAAAGGAAGGCCAGGUCCUGCAUCGGUCCAAACGAGGAUGGGUCUGGAAUCAGUUCUUUGUUAUUGAGGAAUACACCGGACCUGACCCGGUUCUUGUGGGGAGGCUCCACUCAGAUGUAGACAAAGGCGACGGCACCAUCAAAUACAUCCUGUCCGGUGAAGGUGCAGGAACGAUAUUCGUCAUUGACGACAAAACCGGCAACAUCCAUGCCACAAAAACGCUGGACCGCGAGGAGCAGGCCCAGUACACCCUAACAGCACAGGCUGUGGCCCGGGACACAAAUGAGCCACUAGAACCUCCAUCAGAAUUCAUAGUGAAAGUUCAGGAUAUCAAUGAUAAUCCACCCGAGUUCCUCCAUGGACCAUACCACGCCAGAGUGCCUGAGAUGUCCAAUGUUGGUACGUCAGUGAUGCAGGUGACAGCGACAGAUGCUGAUGAUCCCACUUAUGGCAACAGCGCCAGGCUGGUGUACAGCAUUCUGAAAGGACAGCCAUACUUCUCUGUGGAACCACAAACAGGUAUAAUCCGCACAGCAUUGCCGAACAUGGACCGUGAGGCACGUCAGGAAUACGAUGUCGUCAUCCAGGCCAAAGAUAUGGGCGGUCACAUGGGGGGGCUGUCAGGGACCACUGAGGUUAAAAUCACACUCACAGACGUUAACGACAACCCUCCAAAGUUCCCACAGAGUGUGUAUUCCAUGUCGGUGUCAGAGGACAAGGUGCCAGGAGAGGAGGUGGGCCGCCUUAAGGCCAAAGACCCUGAUCUUGGAGACAAUGGACUUGUAAACUAUCGCCUAAUAGACGGAGAUGGAAUGGGCAUGUUCGAACUGUCCACCAACUCAGAGACGAGAGAGGCUGUUAUCAAACUGAAGAAGCAAGUGGACUUUGAAACAAAGAGGGCAUACACUUUAAAGGUGGAGGGGUCCAACCUACACAUAGACUCUCGAUUUCUUGCUUGGGGUCCUUACAAGGAUGAAGCCACAAUCAAGAUAUCGGUGGAGGAUGCAGAUGAGCCUCCUGUUUUCAUAGCCCCCAGUUACACUUUUGAGGUGGAGGAGAAUGCGCCUCCAGGCACCCUGGUGGGACGAGUUCACGCCAAGGACACUGACGUUGCCAACAAUCCUGUCAGAUACAUGAUUCCGCGGUACACGGACGUUGAUCAGUUCUUCAGCAUUUCAGAGGACGGCAUGAUCAGCACGGCCAAACCACUGGACAGAGAAAACCAGCUCUGGCACAACAUCUCCGUUUCAGCUAUAGAGAUCGGAGGUCACCACCAAGACACCAAAGUGCGAGUUAACAUUAGAGUGAAAGAUAUGAACGACAAUCCCCCAGAGUUUGCCACCAACAACGAAGUCCUCAUGUGUGAAACCGUGGCACCGGGGAAGAUUAUCGAAACAGUCAGCGCGGUGGACAAAGACGAGAUGGUCCACAGGCAACACUUCACCUUCAGACUGGCUCCCGAAGUUGCCCACGACCAAAACUUCUCACUCAAAGACAACAGAGACAGCACAGCCAGCAUCUAUGUAAUCCGCAAAGGAUUUAGCCGCCUGACCCAGGAUGUCUACUACCUUCCCAUUGAAAUAAACGACAAUGGCUCGCCCUCCAUGAGUAGCACCAACACUCUGACCAUCAGAGUGUGUUCCUGUGACAGCAGAGACACCAUCCUUUCCUGUAAUGUGGAGCCUUAUGUCCUGCCUGCUGGCCUCAGCACCGGUGCUCUGAUUGCGAUACUUGCCUGCAUAGUCAUUCUGCUCGCCAUUGUCGUGCUGUUUGUUGCGCUGAGGCGUCAGAAGAAGGAGCCGCUGAUAGUGUUCGAGGAAGAGGACAUCAGAGAGAACAUCAUUACGUACGAUGAUGAAGGAGGCGGCGAGGAGGACACGGAGGCCUUUGACAUUGCUACACUGCAGAAUCCAGAUGGGGCCAAUGGUUUCCUGCCAAGGAAAGAUAUCAAACCAGAACUUCAAUAUCCAAUCAGGCCCGGCAUUGGUCGUCCUGCACCCAACAGUGUCGAUGUGGAUGACUUCAUUAAGACUCGGAUCGCAGAGGCUGACAGUGACCCCACAGCGCCGCCCUAUGAUUCCAUUCAGAUCUACGGCUACGAGGGCAGAGGAUCACUGGCUGGUUCAUUGAGCUCGCUGGAAUCAGUCACAACAGAGUCCGACUUGGAUUAUGACUAUCUGCAGAGCUGGGGUCCAAGGUUUAGGAAGCUGGCAGAUUUGUAUGGGACAAAAGACUGCUCCGUUCAUGACUCGGAUGACAGUGAGGACUCUUAACAGCAGUCUUUCCGGCGGUGGACGACCCCUGAUUCUGAUUAAUUGAUUCCAUGAGGAUGUGUUAACUGAGGGUUAAUUCACUCCAGUUUCCAGUUCUAAACGUCUACCAACUGAUUAGUUCAUUCCAAUCUGUCCACAAACAUUAACAGCUCCUCUAUUCCGUGUGGUGGCACCUUCUUGGUUUUCUAGGAUGGUUUGUAAAUGGAUGCGUAAUGAAUGCUCAGAGUUGAACUGCUCCUUUGGUUUUUUUUUCUCCUGAAAUUGCUUCUGUCACUUCUAUGUUUUUUUUCCAGUUUCUAUAGACUUGGGCUUUGCAGAGUUGGGUCUUUGGUUAUGUCACCACUUCGUCUGUUUAAGAGAAUUAGAUGGGAACCGUGCUACUGUAUCAUCUUGCAUAUACAUAUUCUGUGGAUUAGAUCCAUGUACUUCCUCAAUGGCCGCCGGGAGAUAUUUUAUUCCCUUAAAAGC